AUGGAAGCUAGCGCGAACUCUGCUUCACGUCUCUUGAAGCAUGCGAACGGUCAAACGACGCAUCUGAUUGUUGAUGAUUACACAGAUCCUUGGGAUAACCCGAAGACAGUACUCAUACAAGGGGGAUUUGGAAGGCACUCUGCAUUUUGGUAUCACUGGAUUCCCUCAUUGGCGCGACAAUACCGAGUUCUUCGACGGGACACCAGAGGCCAUGGCAAGUCAUCCACCCCAAUGCUAGGUGAUGGGUACCAGUACACUCUUGAUACAAUAUUAUCCGAAAUCGUCGACACUCUUGAUCAGCUAGGUAUUGAGAAGGUUCACUUCAUUGGCGAGAGUACCUCAGGCAUGCUAGGGGAAGCUUUCGCGGCGAAAUUCCCUAAUCGACUGUACAGCUUAACCGUCAUCUCGAGUCCCUCACAUCUUCCGCCUGAAGCGCUUAGUCUCUUUUCCUUUGGCCAUUUCAGCUGGCCAGAGGCAUGCCGGAAGCUCGGAUCCCAGGGCUGGGGAGAGCAUCUUGCCCGUGUUCCAGGUACUCUCUCGACGACAGACCAAAACUACCAAUCUUGGUGGAUUUCGCAGAUCGCCGCGAGCUCCAGCGAUGGCCUUGCUGGUUACGCCGAAUUCCUAUCAGGGCUAGAUACACGGCACCUUCUUUCGGAAAUCUCCGUGCCUAUGCUGAUCCUCGCUCCAGCGAAAAGUGCCGCUACUGGACUAGAGGAGCAGCUGCAGAUUGCUAGGCAGGUGCGAGGGUCAAAGUUAGUUGUUAUUCAUGGGGCUGGGCAUGAAAUCUACACUGACAAGGCCAAAGACUGCUUGAACGCUGUUCACGACUUCUUUUCAGACAUAGACUCCAGCUCCAUCAGUAAUUCUGCAUGA